ACCAUCGCGGGCAUCUCGCAUCUCUCUUCAAUUAAUCUCCUCAACGCCAUAAAAGAACCAUCGCACGUUUCUGUUUUCUUCACAAGGGAACCAUCUCUUACAAAACAGCCUUUCAUUUCAACAUAACCCUUACCCAGAACCAGGUCCCAUUCUACACUCAACCCCGCCAAGAUGUCGACCACCGUCCACGUCAAGGGUAUCUCUCAUGAGACCAGCGAAAAAGAGGUCAAGGACUUUUUCAGCUUCUGUGGCAAGAUCACUUCUAUCUCUGUGACACCGGAGUCGGACGCCCCAGAUGCCGCAAAAUCUGCCACUGUGACCUUUGAGAAGGAAACUGCCGCUAAGACCGCCCUCCUCCUCGACAACACCCAGCUGGGAAAAUCUCAAGUCCACGUGUCUGCGGCCAGCACCAUCGAUGACGUUGCUUCCAAGGCCGGCGCCGCAGUCUCGUCUGCCACUGGCGACGACCAUAUUGCGCAAGAAGAUAAACCACGUUCAAGGAUUGUGGCCGAAUACCUUGCUCAUGGCUACCACCUCUCGGACCAAGUUAUCACAAGAGCAAUUGCAUUGGAUCAGAAGCACGGUUUCAGCAAUCGUUUCACCAGUGCCCUGACCAACUUCGACCAGAAGUACAAGGCCACCGACACAGCCAAAUCUAUGGAUACCAAGUAUGGUGUGAGUGACAAGGCGAUGAGCGCAUGGGGUGGAAUCCACACGUAUUUUGAGAAGGCCCUGGGUACCCCUACCGGGCAGAAAAUCAGAGAAUUCUAUGUGCAAGGAGACAAGCAAGUCAGAGAUGUUCACAACGAAGCUCGCAGAUUGGCAGAUCUCAAGGCCGGUAAGCAGCACGAGCCAGAGCCAGUCCCAGGAACGGACAAGACGGUUUGCAAAUGCGGUGGCGAGGAAGGAGUAUGUGGAUGUGCUCCCGGUCAUUGCAACUGUGCUAGGUGCGCAAAGAGCGAUGUCGGGGCCAUCCAGCCAGAGCCAGUCAAGGGCACUGACAAGACUGUCUGCACUUGUGGAGGCUCCGAGGGCAAAUGCCCCUGUCCUCCUGGCCACUGUGCCUGUGCGAACUGUGCAAAGGGCAGCUCUGAAGCGACCACUGAAGCGAAGGAGGCUGCUCAAGCCAGCGGGCAACAAUUGCCGACCGGGGCUGUGUAAGGGAGGGACUGGGUCAUGCUGUCCAAGGGUUUAUUUUUUGAUGGCGGAGUCUCAGUGGUUUGACCGUUGCAUUUGAUGGAGGCAUGCAGUGUGCUUGACACAGAAUUGUGUGGUUGCGAUGAACAAAAUCCAAACAAACCCGCUGUAACUAAUGGAUCAGUUGGGCAUUUUCGACGAGAUGACCUGUGAACUGCUCCACUAUCUCAGCAGUUUUCGCAAUCCAUUUUUGUUUGUAGAAGAAACGGGUGCUGGCUGCGUUGUAGAUGAACUGUGCGUAUGUAGGAUACUGUAGUGCGAUGGUGCAAACAAAGCGAGAGCCAAC